UGACAAUUUACAACCCAUAGUCUUUUAGUGUACAUACAAAUUUUUUUAUUUUUUAUUUUCUCCAACAAUUAAAUCAAUUCUCUCACUCUCUCACUCCAUUUCUCUUGUAACAGUAUUGGUUUUUCCUGAUUCUCUUAUCACAUUCACAGUGAUAAGUGUUUCCUUCUGGUAUAAUAGUGAUUCUUACUCUUUACUGGUGGCGAUCCAUUUGUGGGUAGACAUUAAAUUACCUACAUUCUUAAUUUGUGAAUAAUUUAAUCGUUUCAUUAUUGUCUUGUUAAUUACCUGUUUCAAUUUGGAUUGUGUAGGAACCUUUGGAACAUUGUUUUUGGUUUUCACUCUAUAUGGUUACCUGGUCUCGUGGAAAUCUCUAUAUAUCUCUAUCUCUAUCUCUAUAUCUCUCCUUUCCAAAUAACAUAAUCUUCUGAAUUGUUUUCUUCUAUUCUUUGGUUUUAAUUGAGAGAUUAUCUGAAUUCUAUUCAACUUAUUCUCUCAUCCAUCUACCUUAUCUCUUGGUUUUCCUUUCCCUUCUCCUGGUUGUUUUCCAUGGGCCAAGUGCUAAGGACAACAUUCAAUGGCAACCUAUUAAAAUGUCACUCAUCAGUAGACCUCCAACUACAUGCAAGAUGUUCAUAAUUAAAACUCUAGAGAAAAUAUUGGCUGAUAAGGAGAUAAAAAAAUCAUCCAAUGGUCACAUUAAGAGAGCCUGUGAAACCGCUCUGGAAGAGAUUAAGAAAAAAAUGGGACCAGAAGAGACCGGUAACAAUUCAAAUUCACCAGGAACCUUUUCAACAGCCUUACCUUUACCUAAAGACUUAGAAAAUAGUCUUGCUAUUGACGCGGAGAAAUAUUUCCAUCCUCUUGAGCUUAGCUGUGGUUCAAAAUCAGCUAGAAUUGUUACUAUUGCUCUGGACUGUAUUCAAAAGUUAAUCGCUUAUGGUCAUAUAACCGGUAACACUCAAGAUCCAAGGAAUCCAGAGAAACUGUUGAUUGAUGUUAUAGUGGAUACAAUAUGUUCCUGUUUCCAUGGACCAGCGACCGAUGAAGGUGUUCAAUUACAGAUAAUUAAAGCUCUAUUAACCGUUGUUUCUUCACAAUAUUGUCAAGUUCAUGAGGGAAGUGUCCUACUGGCAGUUAAAACGUGUUAUAAUAUAUACAUAGGAAGUAAGAAUUUAAUUAAUCAGACCACCGCAAAGGCAACUCUCACUCAAAUGUUAAAUGUAAUCUUCCGAAGGAUGGAAGAGUGUGCAAAUAUUGAAGAUAAUAUUUCAAAUUGCGAUUAUCAAGAAAGUGUUGACACGGAAAUUGAAGCUACCGUUGUGGCCGUUGUUAAUGAUAUGGUUGAUUAUGUUGUCUCUAGUGAGACAACAGAUAGUAAACAAUCAAAUAAAACCGAUAGAAGCAGUGGAAGUUUUAAUUCAUCAUCAUCAUCAUCUAACCAUGUAACCUCAAAUAAUUUAAAUCAUCGGAUACCCUCAUCUGAUAGCCUUGAAACCGCUGAUACAACCUCUUUGGCCAAUAGUGAUGGUGGAUCGGGUUUAAAGUUUACUCAUGUAACCCAAAAAGAUGCUUACCUAGUUUUCCGUUCUCUCUGUAAAUUAAGUAUGAAAGUACUUCCUGAGGGGCAUUUAGAUCCAAAAUCUCAUGAACUCCGUUCUAAGAUACUUUCCCUCCAAUUGAUUCUUUCCAUUCUUCAAAAUCCUGGUCCAGUUUUCCAAUCUAGUGACUUAUUUGCCAUUGCCAUAAAACAAUAUUUAUGUGUUGCACUCUCCAAGAACGGAGUUUCCAAUGUGCCUGAAGUUUUUGAACUUUCUCUGGCUAUUUUUUCAGUUUUACUAAAAAAUUUCAAGACUCACCUAAAGAUGCAAAUUGAGGUUUUCUUUAAGGAGAUAUUUUUAAACAUCCUGGAAACACCUACAUCUAGUUUUGAACAUAAAUGGAUGGUUAUUCAAGUUCUAACCAAAAUUUGUGCUGAUGCUCAAUCGGUUGUUGACAUUUACGUUAAUUAUGAUUGUAAUCUUUCAUCGGCUAAUAUUUUUGAAAGAUUGGUUAACGAUUUAUCGAGGAUUGCUCAAGGACGAGGACAACUUUUGGACAUGUCAUCAGUUACAGCUAAUCAGGAACGAUCAAUGAGAAUCAAAGGUUUAGAGUGUUUGGUUUCCAUUCUCAAAUGUAUGGCUGAAUGGAGUAAAGAUCUUUAUGUUAAUCCACAUCAAAUGGCUAAUCUUAAUCAAAAUCAAUCGAAAGAAAAUGUUAAUGAUCAUGAUAAUGGUCAUUCAAUUUCCUCCAUCAAUGAUUCAUCACUUGGUUUACGAACUGAUUAUGAUAAUUUGGAAAGAUUUGAGGUUGUUAAACAGCAAAAGAAUAUAAUUGAACAAGGAAUUGACCUUUUCAAUCGUAAACCUAGACGAGGUCUCGCUUUCCUUCAAGAACAUGGUUACCUUGGUAAAACGGCCUGGGAUAUAGCUGAAUUUUUCCGUUCCAAUGAUCGUCUAGAUAAAACACAGAUCGGCGAGUAUCUUGGAGAUAAUGAUUCACAUAACAAGGAAGUGAUGUACGCUUAUGUUGAUCAAACGGAUUUCAGUGAUCGUGAUAUCGUCUCAGCUUUACGUUUAUUUCUAGAAGGUUUCAGGUUACCUGGUGAAGCUCAGAAAAUUGAUAGACUGAUGGAAAAAUUUGCCUCCCGUUAUUGUGAAUGUAAUCCAAACAAUUCUCUCUUUGCAAGUGCUGAUACUGCCUACGUACUUGCCUAUUCAAUCAUCAUACUGACCACUGAUCUUCACAGUGCUCAGGUUAAAAAUAAAAUGACCAAAGAGCAGUACAUAAGGAUGAACCGUGGUAUCAAUGAUAGUAAAGAUUUACCGGAAGAAUAUCUUUCCCAGAUUUACGAUGAAAUUGCCGAGAGUGAGAUUAAAAUGAAAGGUGAUCAUGGAGUCAAGUGGAAACUUAACAAAGAGGUAACCAAUCCAAAGAAACGACGUUUACUUUAUGACAUGGAAAUUGAACAAAUGGUUUCAACGGCUCGAGUUUUAAUGGAAAGUGUUGCUCAUGUUGAAGCUUCUUUCACUUCGGCUAAACAUCUUGAACACGUUAGGCCAAUGUUCAAGAUUGCAUGGACUCCCUUUCUGGCUACUUUUAGUGUUGGUCUACAAGAUUGUGAUGAUACAGAAAUUGCCUCAUUGUGCCUUGAGGGUAUUCGCUGUGCCAUUAGGAUUGCGUGUAUCUUUCACAUGGAAUUGGAAAGAGAUGCUUACGUUCAAGCUUUGGCUCGAUUUACCCUGUUAACAACAACCUCAAGUCACACCGAGAUGAAAACUAAAAACAUCGACACCAUUAAAACCCUAAUUGCUGUAGCUCAUACCGAUGGUAAUUAUCUGGGUAAAUCUUGGCUCGAGAUACUCAGAUGUAUCUCACAACUUGAAUUGGCCCAAUUAAUUGGUACCGGUGUUAAACCUUCCCUAUUAAAUACAUCAUCGAAUGCCCAUUUUACCAAUGUAUCAUUACUUCAAUCUCGAUUUGAAGGAAUUGCUCUUUUUUCCGUUGACUCACUUUCUCGAACCACUAACACCUCGCACAGGAAAGAAGAUCAACUUUUAAAUGAAACAAGUUCACAAAGUGUUGUCGUUGCUGUUGAUAGGAUUUUCACAGGUUCAACUAGACUUGAUGGAGAUGCAAUUGUUGAUUUUGUUAAAGCGUUGUGUCAGGUAUCCAUGGAGGAAUUAACUUCGGGAUCUCAUCCAAGAAUGUUCAGUUUACAAAAAUUGGUCGAAAUAUCUUAUUACAAUAUGGGUCGUAUUAGGCUUCAAUGGUCUCGAAUAUGGGAAGUGUUGGGUAACCAUUUCAACAAAGUCGGUUGUUCGGGCAAUGAAGAGGUCGGAUUUUUCGCUCUCGACUCUCUCCGUCAAUUAUCAAUGAAAUUUAUCGAGAAGGGUGAAUUUGCCAAUUUCCGUUUUCAGAAAGAUUUCCUUCGUCCCUUUGAGCACAUUAUGAAAUAUAACGAAAGUCCAGCUAUUCGAGACAUGGUUGUCCGAUGUAUCGGUCAAAUGGUUAGCUCCCAAGCAAAGAACAUUAAAUCUGGUUGGAAAAAUAUUUUCAGUAUUUUCCGUUUAUCGGCAACCGAAGCUGAUGGAUCUAUUGUUGAACUCUCUUUCCAAACAACUUCUCACAUAAUUAAUGUUCACUACGAGAACAAUUUCCACUUGAUGAUCGAUUCAUUCCAAGAUGCAGUUAAGUGCCUUUCCGAAUUUGCCUGUAAUCAAAAAUAUCCCGAUACAAGUAUGGAAGCAAUCAGAUUAAUAAGAACCUGUGCAAAAUAUGUCGCUGAUCAACCUCAAAGAUUUAGAGACUUUGUCAUGGAUCAAACAAAUCAAGCAAAUAAUCCGGAUGGACCUUCGUCCGCCAAUAUGAUCAAUGAAACGGAUAAAGUUUGGAUUCGAGGAUGGUUCCCGAUUCUCUUUGAAUUAUCUUGUAUUGUGAUCAUUUGUAAACUUGAUGUUCGUACACGAGCAUUAACCGUAAUGUUUGAGAUAAUCAAAUCAUACGGUGAUUGUUUCCAGAAACACUGGUGGAACGAUUUAUUCAAGAUAAUAUUCCGAAUCUUUGAUAACAUGAAAAUGUCCGAAGGUGAAUCCGAAAAAUCUGAAUGGAUGACCACAACCUGUAACAUUGCACUUUACUCAGUGAUCGACGUUUUCACCCAGUAUUAUACAGUUUUAGGACCAUUCCUGCUCCAUUCGUUGUACCAGCAACUUUUAUGGUGUGUCACCCAAGAGAAUGAGCAACUUGCCCGAUGUGGAUCAAAUUGUAUGGAAAAUUUGGUCAUUUCAUGUGGAAUGAAAUUUGAUGAUAAAACUUGGAAAAUGACCUACGAAUGUAUCUAUGAAAUGUUCCGAUCAACAACACCAGAGCAAUUACGAACCUGGAGACCAUCAUUAGCUCACAAUUCAACUAAUACAAUUGAUGCAACUUAUUCAUCACCAACACAUAGGAGUUCCUCUUUUUCAUCUUCCUCACCCUAUCAACCCUUUCCCUCUGAUCCAAUGGCAAUUAGACAAAAAUUUGAUUCACUUGCAACGAAAUGUCGAGUUCACAAGGAACUUAUUCAAACGGUUGAUAAUAUUGUCUUUUUCCCAUCAACAAGUCGUAAAGAGGAUAAAGAGAUUAUCAAUGAAAUUGGUCGGGAAUUGGGACAAUCACCAUCACCUCAGUCAACAUCAACUGCAGCUUCAAACAUAUCAACAAAUCACAUAAAUAAAUCAUCAUCAUCAUCAUCUUAUGUUCCAUCAUCAACCAAUCAAGGUACCGUUAGUGGUUCCUCAUCAGGGGAAAAUGAGAAUCAUCACCAAUUCUCCCAACAAGAAGAACAAUUAGGAAUGUAUUCUUCCAUGUCAACGGAAACCUUAAUUCUAUUAGUUCGACAUUGUCUCUUAGAAUCGCAUCGAUUUGCAAAAGAUUUCAAUUCGAAUCAUGAACAACGUAACAUAUUAUGGAAGUCGGGUUUCAAUGGGAACGCAAAGCCCAAUCUUUUUUCCCAAGAGUCUCAAUCUAUCGCUUGUGCCCUUAGGAUAUUAUUUAAAAUGUACACCGAUGAAAGCAGAUCAGAUAAACACCAUGAAAUUGAACAGGCAUUGAUUCAAAUUUGUCCAUCGGCUGUUGAUUAUUUUAUAACGAUAGAAGUUGAAAACCAUAGAGAAAGUUGGAAUUCUGUGAUAUUAUUAAUUUUUUCUAAAAUUAACAAACUUCCAGAUAAUAAGUUUCAUAUUCUGGUCCUACAUAAACCUCUCGUUCUUUAUAAUUCGAUGUGCAAUAUGAUCCAAACUGACCUUAACCAAGAGAUUCGAGUAGUUCUAAGACAUUCCUUUUGCCGAAUAGGAAAAUUUCUCAGCUCACUAAGCAUAGCCCCUUGAUAAUUAACUUCUGAUUCUGAUGAUUUAAGUUAAUUUCCAAUAUUUCUCUCUAUCAUCUUCAGGGUUGUUCACUUUUCAAUGAAAAUUAUCCAAAGCACCAACAACAACAAUUAGAUUACUAUUACAUUAUUAUUACUAUUGAAUGAGCUACUGGAUGACCAAUUUAACUGACCUUUGCAAACUUGGAUUGACAAAUGAAACUGAACAAUUAGUCAACAAUUAUAUUAUAUUAUUAUAAUAAUAAUUUAACACCACAAUCAACAAUCACCACCGAUUUGGAUUUUUAAAUUUUGGUUUCAAUUGUCAUCUAAUCUCUUAAUUGUCAAACAUUAAUUUUACCAUCAAUAGGAUUACCAAAGUCUUUAAAAUAAGCAAACAAUUUAUAAAUUGUUGAUUAUUACGUAAUUGUAAUCACCUUGGAAACAUUAAUUAUGUUUUUAGGCUAUUGUUCCUGAUGCUUAUAUCAACAGUUAAUUGUCAGAUAAUCAUAUUUAAAAAAAACCUCAAUCAAUCAACCACAAAAUAAUUAAUGACAACACAAUAAGAUUCACAUUUAUAUACAUAUAUAUUAUAAUAAUUUAAUUACCAAUAAUUGAUGAAACUAAUUUAAUCAAAAAAAUACAAGAGUUUAAUAAUAAUAAUCAAUAUAAAGGUUGUUACAAUUUAAAAAACAAAAUAAUUUAACUUUAAUUAAGAGGCUCAACAAUUAAUGCAAAAAGCGAUACCAGAAAUUUAAUCACCUCAAUUAAAAUUGAAAAUGAUUCACAAA